AUGGAUAAAACAAUUGUUCAUUCUUACUGUAUUAUUGCAUUAUUGCUGAUAUUAUCAUUAAACUGUCACGCAGAGAAUGCGACAAAUGUGUUCGAUAUAAGGAAUGAAUGUAAUACGGUAGAAGGAUACGUGGCGGUUGUACUGUUUUCAUUGCUUUUGUUAUACAGUAUUGUUGGCAAUGUACUGUUAAUGGUGGUAUUCUGUAGCCGUGACAAUCUUUACAGUCGAGCGUUCAUUAUUAUCGCAUCACAAAUUAUUGUUUGUAGCUUCUUGAACUUUAUCCCACAAGCGGCCAUUGUUGUGCUUAAAAUAGUAAGGAACAAAAAUUUUGGGACAUGGAUUUACCGAAUAUUUUCUGUUUUGAGUACAUUUUCGUUUUUCGUCUCGUUGCACUUAACAUUUUUAUUGGCAAUGAAUCGCCUUAUAGCUAUAUGUUUUCCAAAAUUUAACGCUUUUUUCGAAUCGAUGAAAUUCUAUUUUCUGCUCAUCUUCCUAUGGUUAUCAGGUUUCGUAAUAUCGCUAGUAGAAUUUCAUUAUUGUAUCAAAAUUUUUAAUGUAUCAAACUUCAAAUGGUCAUUUGAUUGUACCAAAAGAACGCCAGAAAGUGGAGCUGCGUUUAUGAAAAUUCGUUAUGCAUGGACUCUUGCGAUACCCAUUGCGAUGUUCGCAAUUUAUAUUCUAAUAUUCUGCAGUAUGCGUAAUAAACGGAAGAAUGUUUCGAAUUUGUGCAUGGUGAACGGAUAUGAGCACAAGAGAACGAUUGCAACAAGCAAAUAUGAACGAAUGAUGUUGAUUCAGGCAGUGUUUGUUUGUGGUGUGAUGGAAAUUCAAAUUUUCUGUUUCAACUUCCUGUCGAAACUUACCAUCAAACUGGUAGGCAAAGAAGUUGAAAUUUUCGUCAAUAUUUUGACCAACUGUUUUGUAAUUUUCAAUGCUGCUGUAUUGCCUACAGCCAAUUUAAUUUUCGUCAAACGAUUUCGAGAGAGAGUGAAAAAGACAUUUAUAGAAUUACUAUUCAAAAUUAAGGCAGCGCAAAGCAGGUCCACUGUUGUGCCAAUUACUUCAAUAACAACUAAGAAAACUCAUCGAAUUUCUUAG